AUGUCUAUUAAUAUCUGUAGAGACAACCAUGAUCCAUUCUACCGUUACAAGAUGCCUCCCAUCCAAGCCAAGGUGGAAGGUAGAGGUAACGGUAUCAAGACAGCCGUCUUGAACGUUGCUGACAUCUCUCACGCGCUAAAUAGACCUGCUCCAUAUAUUGUCAAGUAUUUUGGUUUCGAAUUAGGUGCUCAAACUUCCAUCUCUGUCGACAAAGAUCGUUAUUUAGUUAAUGGUGUCCACGAACCUGCCAAGUUGCAAGACGUAUUGGAUGGCUUCAUCAACAAGUUUGUUCUUUGUGGUAGCUGUAAAAAUCCAGAGACCGAGAUUAUUAUUACAAAAGAUAAUGAUUUAGUUCGAGACUGUAAGGCCUGUGGUAAGAGAACUCCAAUGGACCUAAGACAUAAACUAUCAUCCUUCAUUUUGAAAAACCCACCUGACUCCGUUUCUGGUUCCAAGAAGAAGAAGAAGGCAGCUACAGCUUCGGCCAAUGUCCGUGGUGGUGGGUUGUCCAUUAGUGAUAUUGCUCAAGGUAAAUCUCAAAAUGCCCCUUCAGACGGCACCGGCUCAUCCACUCCACAACAUCAUGACGAAGAUGAAGAUGAAUUGUCUCGUCAAAUCAAGGCAGCUGCUUCCACUUUGGAAGAUAUUGAGGUCAAAGAUGACGAAUGGGCCGUUGAUAUGUCUGAAGAAGCUAUUAGAGCUCGUGCCAAGGAACUAGAAGUGAACUCUGAGCUCAGCCAGUUAGAUGAAUAUGGUGAAUGGAUUUUGGAGCAAGCUGGUGAAGAUAAGGAGAAUCUACCAUCAGAUGUAGAGCUCUAUAAGAAGGCUGCAGAACUAGAUAUUCUAAAUGAUCCAAAAAUUGGUUGUGUCUUGGCGCAAUGUCUAUUUGAUGAAGACAUCGUAAACGAAGUUGCUGAACACAAUGCAUUUUUCACUAAAAUUUUAGUCACUCCAGAGUACGAAAAGAACUUCUUGGGUGGUAUUGAAAGAUUUUUAGGUUUAGAACAUAAGGAUUUAAUUCCACUAUUGCCAAAAAUUUUGGUUCAACUAUACAACAAUGAUAUCAUUUCAGAGGAAGAAAUCAUGAGAUUUGGUACCAAGUCAUCCAAGAAAUUCGUACCUAAAGAGGUAUCCAAGAAGGUUCGUAGAGCUGCUAAGCCAUUCAUUACGUGGUUGGAAACCGCUGAAAGUGACGAUGAUGAAGACGACGAAUAG